AUUUGUUGUUGAAUUGUGUCACAACACAAUAGACAAGCGUCCCUGAUAGCUGCCCCAGAUGUUUGUUUACUCCAGUCUGAUGAUUGCAUAGUGUGGUUUAGUGACAGGCCCGGGUUUGUCCAGGACGACUUUCAGUAGUUAAGAGACUUUAAAAACGACAACAAUAUAUAUAAAACACAACCACCUUCAUUACUCAUGGCAAUGGAUCCAGAACGACUGAAACGAAGAGAGGAAAUUCAGAAAGCAAUGAGCUUUAUCCAAUCAUCGUUGCCUUUUCCAGAGCCGGAGAGUUAUGAGGCGUUUCUGACCCAGUUGGUGUGUCACUUGCUGGACGAGGGAAAUUGUUUUUUUCGAGAUGGGGACUGUCGUCAAGCUACCCAGCAGUAUGGAGAGGGGAUAAGUGUAGCCCGCUACGCUCAGGCCGAGGCCCUCGUCAUCCCCCAUGAGCUGCUGGAGUGCCUCUAUGUCAACAGAGCUGCUGCCUUCUACCAGACGAGGGAGUACGAGCGAGGCAUUCAGGACUGUGACAGUGCACUGUGUGUGUCAGAAGGCAGUCGCAGAGCGUUGUACCGCAAAGCCAUUUGUCUGAGGGAGCUGGGACGAUUCCGAGAGGCCUACGAGUUUGGAACCAAAUGUCUGCUCACAGCACCUCACGACAGGCAGGUGAGUGACCUCGCCCAGGAUCUGGCCAGUAAACUUGGCCUUAAGGGUCGCAAAGCUUACGUCAGCCCUCAGACAGAAUCCACAGCUGCAGAAGGGGAGAGUCACGGGGAUAGCUCCCCACCUACAGGAGAGAUGUCAUCCAAUGGACUGGAAUCUCUGAGCGACAUUGGACCAGCUGACCUGUUAGGUGCACAGUGUAUCCCCGCUCCUUUGGCCACACCCAUCCCGGUUAGCGACGAGCCUUCUAGCCCAGUAGUGACCCCGUGCACUGACCUAUCUGAGAGCCCCAGCAGCCAGGCCCUGCCUCCCAUGCCGUACUCCGUCCCUGUGUCGGAACACAUGGAUGAAUGCAGCAGCAGCCUUAAAGAUGAACUGGACAGUCUGCUUGAGUGCAUCCCCAAGAAAGUCAGUGAAAGUCCAGUCCAGGGUGCCAUCCCAACCAACCUCCCCAACACAGCUGUGGGUCUCCGGCCUCCGUACUCCCCAAGCCUUCCAGCCCCAUCAUCCCAGCUUCCUUCAGCCUUCUUCAGCUCCUCUAUCAGUGAAAUGCCCCCCCUGGAAACUUACCUGCCAUUAGCCCAGCGGGACCAGGGCUCCACCCAGGCGCAGGACGCACUGGGAGGCUUCCCCACUGGGGCUGCAGAUGGAGAAGGGAAGACUGGAGUCGCUGUUGGUGGGCUGGACUCGUUGUCCGAGUACACUCUCCCUGGGGGAAGCAUGUGUCAAAGCUUUAUCCCUGGAAUGCGCAACCACAGUGCUACACACGCAAAUGGCCCCGGAGGAACCAACCUGUCUCUGCUCUCCAGGAACCCUCUGGCAGCCACACAUGAAUUUCGGCAGGCCUGUCAUGCCUGCUACAGCAGAAUAGGUCCACGAGUGAUGGACUACAAGUAUCAGCCAGAGGCAGCACACCGCUGCAAGAGGGACGUGCUGCUGUGCCGAAUUAAAAACAUGGACGACCCCACUUGGAAGCGGAUCCGGCCACGACCGGCAAGAAACAACUUCCUGGGGGCAUUUGUACUCUGUAAAGGUGCAGAGCGUCAGGAGUGCCAGUACGGGGAGAACUGUACGUUUGCUUACUGCCAGGAAGAGAUUGAUGUGUGGACUCAAGAGAGGAAGGGCGCGCUGAGCAGAGAGCUGCUGUUUGAUCCGCUGGGCAGCACAGAGAGGCGGGCACUCAGUGUCACCAGACUGCUGCAACUCCACAUGGGCAUGUUCAUGUUCCUCUGUGAGGAAUGUUUUGACAGUAAGCCCCGCAUCAUCAGCAAACGCAGUAAAGAAAACUUAGCAGUUUGCUCAAACCUCACAGCUCGACACUCGUUCGAUGACAACAAGUGCCUGGUGCACGUGGUGAGGUCAGCCAAUGUGCGCUACAGUAAGGUGCGUCCCCUGCACCCUCUCUGUCAGUUCGACGUGUGUCGCCACGAGGUCCGCUACGGCUGCCAGCGAGAGGACAGCUGCUCCUUUGCCCACUCAGUCAUAGAGCUCAAAUGCUGGGUCCUGCAGCAGGAUACUGGUAUCACUCAUGAAGAGAUGGUACAGGAGUCAAAGAGACACUGGCACAGGUUGGAGCAGAAUGCACAAAAACAGCAGAAGCCAAUCCACAUCCCCCAUCCGAGCAGCAGCUUACCUGCAGGAGGGGUGGGGGGGAUGGGGGGCGACGGCCUUGGUGGAGGCGGUGUGAGCCCGAUGGGUGGCAUGAGCGUGGGAGGGUUAGGAGCGGUGGCGGGACGAGGUAGACCCCUCAACCUGAAAAUGAAGUUUGUGUGUGGCCAGUGUUGGAGAGAAGGACAGGUGAAUGAGCCUGACAAGAACCUCAAGUACUGCACAGCCAAAGCACGGCACAGCUGGACGAAAGAGCGCCGCGUCCUUCUGGUGAAAUCCUUUGAGAAGAAGAAGUGGGUAGUUGUUAGGCCUCUGCCCUUCUCCCGCACAUAUCCACAGCAAUACGACAUGUGUGUGCAUGUGAUGAAGCAGAAGAAGUGCCACUAUAUCGGAAACUGCUCGUUCGCCCACAGUCUGGAGGAGAGGGACGUCUGGACGUACAUGAAGAACAACAGCUUGAGAGAUAUGCAACAGAUGUACGAACUGUGGCUUCAGCUCACCAAUCAGAGCCGACGCACAGACAGCUCGGCAGUAACCCCGCCCCCAGAGGACAAGCAGGUCACCAUAACGGCAGAUUACACAGAAGGCAUUGGAGUCCGCGGUUUGUCAGAGGGGGACGAUCUCUGAAGUUGAAUAGAGGCAGCUGAUCAGCGCUAAGCUGCAGACAGAAGGACGGACCUUUGAUACCAGCCACAACUCAACAUUCUGUCAUCUUACCUGUCUGACCUCCUCGAGCAUCCAGACAGUAGUGUGAGAACAAAUCGGCACACAACUGCUCACUUAUAUCAACACGCAAUCACAAACACAAACACAUCCUCACAGCACAUUAUGCACCAACCACAGGCACUGACUAACACAAAGAGAAAGCUGCAGUUACACACAGCACUAUUAGGUUCCUGUUUAGUUUAUACCACAGAAGUUCCACAGACAACUCGUUUACCCUGACUAGAAAAUAAUCACCCGGUGUUCCCUAGUGCUCUUCGACUUAGUGUCUUUUCUUUUUCUCAACUUCUCGCAGCACUGACUCAAUUCUUUUGGUGGGCGCGCUGGUCGCAGCUCGUACAUUUUGCUUGGUGAUAGUUCAAAAAUAUAUUUGAAGCUCGGCACUAAUAUGUUUAAAGUUUAAAAAAAAAAAAAAUUACUUUGUGGUGCCAAAAUUGCCGAGCGCUCAGUGCUGUCGAUGGCUAACGAGACUGAAGAAUCUAUGAAGGGAUGUAAAAAAAAUAUAUAUAUAACUAUAGUGUUCUGGGUGGAAACUUGUCUUUGAGCAACCAAAUCCUACUCUCCCUCCUUUAUGGGAACACAGUGAGAGGGUCAGAAUAACUUUGUAGGGAUUCAUUAUUCUGAGUGGUUUCUUUUAUUUUUUAUUUUUAUGGGGAGUCGUUACUUCCCUGUUGUAUUGUCUGCCAUAUUGGUAGAGUGCUUUGAAUGUAACGCCUGCAUGGGCCUUUAAAACUAGGAAAUUAGUCAUUGAAAACAUUGCUGUGGUUGUGGAAUGUAUACGUGGUAAAGAACAUUUACAUGCCCCAAAAACAAGCUGGUGUAACAGCAGUUCCUCUCUUUAUUGAUAUAAAACAACCCCGGUUAAAAAUCAUACCAACAGCUCCUUGAUGGCAUGAGAACACACACAAACACACACACACACACACACACAUUCUCACAUAUUAUCCUCGGAGUUGCUUUCAGCCGACACCCAAGUGAAUCAAAGUAUACCUGAAUUUCAACCUCCUUUAGGUUGACACAAAGGGGGAGAUGAAAAUAUCUCAAUAAAUUACCUGUUGCUAAGGUGCAUGUGGCUAAUGGCUCGAAGCAGUUGUUGCCAAAGCGACCAAGGUGCUAUUUACCAUCGUUACACUGCACUGGUAAGAAGCGUUGAGACAUGCAGGCGGUGUAGAAGGGUUACAGAGGAGCGAGUGCAGGAGACAUAUGCACAGUGCUGCUCUCAGCAGUAGAUCAGUUCAGACCACAGAUGCCCAUAAAUAAAUCAUGACCUCAGUUUGACUGAAGCCCAGUGAAAACACCGAGCAUGAAAAAUUCUGUCUUGUAGUAAUUUAAAGAAAAAAAGAUGUCAAUGUGAACGAGUAUUUCGAGCGUGAGAAGCAGGGAUAAGGUGUCUAGUUAAAAAUGACCGUUAUAAAGAUUGUAUUUCUCUCUAGUUUAUGGUGAUGAUAGUAAAGAUUAUUUGAAAGUUAGGGGCGAGGUGCCACCUCUUCAUUUGAACUUGGGUCAUUAUUUCACUAAAAAACCAAUCACGCCCCCGCAGCCUUUCCGAUGGAAACCUGUGUUCUCCAUAUGCAUGGUGUUGUAUUCCUGUUAGCUGACGGUAGCCCCUAACAUUAGUCUGCAUUAUGGGAAACCUGCUAGUCCCAUACAGGAAAACAAUACAUACCCCAUAUUGUGCCUAUAAACAACACAUCAACAUGUGACACACACACACACACACACACACACACACACACACACACACACACACACACACACGCUGGCAGGACACCUGUCGCUAUCUUAAUCAAGCCUUUACUGUUGAAGGAGACACAACGGAGGUGUGUCUUUAUUCAGAUACAUAAACAUGCAUAUUAUACAUAUUUACAAACUAUGGUAUAAAACUAAUAAUAAUUGAUAACUUAGCAGUUAAGCUUAAUAAAUAUAUAACCUGAAAAGCUGUAUUGAUUACAUAGAAGAACUUCUUGUUAUUGAGGUAUUGCUAUAUGACAUGUAUCGCUGAACUAGAUGACUAUAGUGACUUUUUUUUUUGAAGGGUUAUCCCUUAAAAUUUUGUAACUUUUCCUUCUUUGCGGGUUGUUUCAGACGGGGUUUGUGAGAAAUGGUUUGCAGCAGAGAUUGAUUUGAGUUUCAGGCUGAAUGUGUGGAAAAAGAUCGGCGUUAAACUGAGUGACUGAACUGGAAGCACAGAAUAUAGAAAAUAUUCCUGUUCUCCAAUAUUACGAUCAAAAUGAAGAGAAGCUGUACUUCCUAUUUUAAGUCAACUAAACUGAACCAAUGGUUUCAAUUCUCAAAUACUGAUUUAUUUUAUAAAUAUCGAUAGGCAAUCAGCGCCAAAGAAAACAACGGUGAAUUGGUGCAAAACUCAAUGCAGAAGAGACAAUUGACCUGUGGACACUCCCCUGAUCUACAGCACAGUCUCGAGUGUCUGGGAUGUUUGAAAUGUUAUUGUCUCGAGCUCUACAUUCAGUUCAGUAGAUGAAUAGUAAAAAGGUUUUGAUAUAAAGGGUGUAGCGUCUUCUAAUGACAUAAUCCCUUAGGAAAAUUUAGGUUUAAAAGCAAAGCACUGGUCAAGCCGAAUGUGGCUCUCUGGUCAGUUUUGCGGGUCACUCUGCGACUGUUAAGUGGGAUCGUUGAUUUUGAACCCCCCCUUGUCUGAGACAGCCCGGGUAUUAGCUUCUCUGAGGGAUCGUAUUACUACUCCUAGUAUUAUGAUGAAUAUGAUGACGAUAAUGAUUGCUAUCUAUUGACUAUUUCUAUUUCUUCUCUAUAUGCUAUUGAUAUAUGUACGUUAUUUGCAAUGUAUAACUCUCCUUAUAUAUGUAUCCAUGUAUGAAUAUAAUAAUGAACAGUUAUAUGCGUCUGUGUAUGCAGCAGUGCACAGCUCGCUCUGAGAGGCAGCGAGCGGGGAAACGUCCGGCUUCUGAUGAGUUCUGUAAAGGCACUUUGAGUCAUCAGCGGCGGACGGCUGUAGGUCGUUGUUACUACUAGACGACAGUAGACCUGCUAGAUAUGAAUGUUGUCUGAGCUCUGCUUGUAGGUAUAAGGAUUGUUUAUGCACUGGACAAAGGUAACACUUUAAUUGAUGACUUAAGAGAACAGUUUCACCCUUUGGCAGUGUCGUAGUUUUGAACCAACAAACAGAGCUCUGUGCUCGCUGCCUGUGCUGCAUCAAUGUUUAUAUUGAUUCAAAGACAAAUCUCUGGAAUCAAAAGCAUACACAGGAGCCUAUAUACUCCCGUAUAGCGCCUUAUUCGAUAUACUACACCUAUAAGAUGAUACAUACCCCUAUUGUAUAAUCCUGCUUACUAUAUAUACACUAUAUGAUACCUGAUACCUAUUAUAAUACUUAGACACCCUUUAUAAGGUAAUUUAGAUAAGAGAUGGUGGAGCUGGGUUUUUUUUUCUGUGGCUGUGGUCAGUAAUGUGUUCCCAUCUUGUAGCUCAGGUUGUUGUGAGGAGAACGCUGCACACUCAAAUGCUCUUUUUCAUUUAGUUAAUGUCUGUUAAAGGAUAUUUGCAACACGUUUAGUAUGAGAAAUGAACAUCAGCAAUGAUGAGGCUUGAUAAAUUUUGACUUUGGCUUUACCAGACGGUUGCCGAGCAACAUCGGAAAGUAAAAAUAACAUAAGUAUACACUGAUUAGUGAACAUUUUUUUAAUAGUUGUGUUGCAGAAAAGAAGAAAAAGCAUUUGAGGGGAGGCUUCCUCCUCAACUGUUGGAGAGAGUCCAGCAUGUAUGAUGUAACUGACACACAGAGAGAAAAAAAA